GAAAUUCCUUAAAAAGACUAUAACAUCCUCACCCAUAAAACUUAAUAUCCCUCGAUAUCCCCUCUUUAAACCUCAGUUCGACCUUUUAACAGCUACCACAUUUCAUCGAUGCAAGGGGCAAUAUUGGAAAUUCGAUAAUAAAAAUCACAAAAUUUUUCCUACCAAUCAUCAAAAAUUGCAUAACUUUCUUUCAUUUGUCUUAAAUCAUCAAUCCUUUUAUUUUCCAUUAUCCAAAAGUCUGGUCCAAAUUCAAUUCUUUUUCCACCAAAAGAAAAAAAAACCCAUUUGAAGACAUAACAUCCUCAAUCCAAAUAAUCAAAAAUCUCAAACACCCACUUCAAUUUUCUACCAUAUACAUUCCCUCCUUCUCUCUCUUAAUUUUUUAUAGAGAGAGAAAAAAAAAAUCAAAAAAUGGCAGUGUGCACAGUAUACACAAUUCCAACAACAACCCACUUAGGAGGAUCAUUCAACCAAAACAAACAAGUAUUCUUCAACUACAAAAGAUCAUCAUCAUUUCCAUCAUCCAAUAACAUACUGACAAGUGUGAGCAGACCAUAUGUGAUAACAUGCUCAGCAGGUGAGUCACAGACAAUUGUGAUUGGUCUAGCAGCAGACUCAGGGUGUGGUAAGAGUACUUUCAUGAGAAGAUUAACAAGUGUGUUUGGAGGAGCAGCAGAACCCCCAAAAGGAGGAAACCCUGAUUCCAACACCUUAAUAAGUGACACAACUACUGUUAUUUGUUUGGAUGAUUUCCAUUCACUUGAUAGAACUGGUAGAAAAGAGAAAGGUGUUACUGCUUUAGACCCUAGAGCUAAUGACUUUGAUCUUAUGUAUGAACAAGUUAAAGCUUUGAAAGAGGGUAAACCUGUUGAUAAGCCUAUUUAUAAUCAUGUUAGUGGUUUGUUGGACCCUCCUGAGCUUAUUCAACCUCCUAAGAUCUUGGUCAUUGAAGGGUUACACCCCAUGUAUGAUGCACGUGUGAGGGAAUUAUUGGACUUCAGUAUCUACUUGGAUAUUAGCAAUGAAGUUAAAUUUGCCUGGAAAAUUCAGAGGGAUAUGAAAGAGAGAGGACACAGUCUUGAAAGCAUCAAAGCUAGUAUUGAAGCCAGAAAGCCAGAUUUUGAUGCUUACAUUGAUCCACAAAAACAGUAUGCUGAUGUGGUGAUUGAAGUAUUACCAACCCAACUCAUUCCUGAUGAUGACGAAGGCAAAGUCUUGAGAGUUAAGAUGAUUCAAAAGGAAGGAGUCAAGUACUUCAACCCUGUUUACUUGUUUGAUGAAGGAUCUACUAUUUCCUGGAUUCCCUGUGGCAGGAAACUAACAUGUUCUUACCCUGGCAUCAAGUUUUCCUACGGCCCCGACACCUUCUAUGACAAUGAGGUGACUGUGGUAGAGAUGGAUGGGCAGUUUGACAGAUUAGACGAACUAAUCUAUGUCGAGAGUCAUUUGAGCAACCUAUCAACCAAGUUCUAUGGUGAAGUCACCCAACAAAUGUUGAAGCACCAAGACUUCCCUGGAAGCAACAAUGGAACUGGUUUCUUCCAAACUAUCAUUGGAUUGAAGAUCAGAGAUCUGUUCGAGCAGAUCGUUGCCAACAGGUCUGCAGCUCCAGCAGCAGCUGCUAAGGCCUAAACAGCUUGAGUUUAUAGAUGAUAAUAUAUGAAUAUGCCACUCUGAAUCUCAAAUUUUUCCUCCUCUCUUCAUUUGUAAUUUCCACUACCUAUUCUUCUUGUAUAAGUUGUUUUUGUAGAGUACUCUGAUAUUCUGCUGUUAAUAGACAUCAAUUAAAGCAAGAUAUGAAAAAUGCAGUUCAAGAGGAUUCAAGCAUCAAA